AUGGCCAAAACGAAAAUCACACAAAAACUCAGCAGUACCUACGGUUCUGAAAGACGUAUAUCGGUGAUUUCGAAAUCAGCCUCGAUUAAUAGCAACGGUGUCGUUAACGGCGGUGACCUUGAUCGAGAUAAUUUAUCAAGAAUGAAAGCACAAACUGAAGCUGCUGCAGAUGUUUUUGAACAAGCAGCGAAUAAUUGGAAAAAAGCCAAUCAACAGAUACUCUCAUGGCAGAGCGUAGUGUCUAAUGAGCAUCCUAUAUUUGCGAUGCGUAUUCCGACGCAUAAUAGUCAUGAUUCAGAAGGCACGAGCGAAGAAGUCUUAUCAGAACAGGAAAAUGAGUAUGAAGGAUCCCAAAUGAAUAUUAAUAGCGAUGGAGAAACUGAUGAUGGCGACAAUGAUGAUGAAACAUUUCCAGGUCCUUCUAAAUCAAAAAGAAAUAAAGGAAAGAGCACGGAUCUUGGAGCAAAGAAAUCCUCGUCAUUGCCUAAUAAUAAGAGUCACAAACGAACCGGAGGACACAAUGCUCUUCCAAAGCAAUCAAAGAAGCCAAAAUAUAAGAACGACGCGACAUUUGCAAAGACAAUAAAAAAAGAGAUGGUUCAAAUGAUCACCGCCACCAAAUCGGCAGAACCGGAAAUCGCCAUGUCUCCUGUCGCCGAUAAUUUUGAAGAUCCGGAAAUAUUUGAAUCCUUACCUGAAAUCAGGACACCAAAGGUUCCAAAGAAUGCGUAUUUGUAUUUCGUGUCUCAGCGAUUUGGAGAAGUGAAAGCGGAAUUUCCACAACUUAAAAUGGGAGAAGUUAAUGGAAAAGUAGCUGAAAUAUGGAAAAAUUUAUCAGAAGAAGAGAAAGAGAGUAUCCUAGUAGAAUUCCAGGCUCAACAAAGGAAAUACGGUAUUGAUGGAAUAGUAACGCCUUCAACACCAAAGGCAUCACGUAAAAUGUCGACUCCUGAAUCUUCAAAAUCAGCCGUUGCCUCUUACACGCCAUCAAAAUUCUCAACACCGACUCGUUCACCGAAAAAACCCAACUCCAUCUUAAAAAAGAUUGAAUCAAAUUCACAAAAAUUGCUAUUCGAUCCUUUGAAUGCAUCAUCACUAUCGUCGACACCUUCUUCUGCUGCUUCUACACCGACUAAACCAAAGACUCACUCUGUUGACGAAAAAAGAAAUUAUCAUAAAGAAUCAAUUAAAGGAAAUAAUGUCACUACUCCUGACCGAAAUUCAUCACCAUCACCUCCUGCCACAAGUUUCGAUAACCAAAACGGUUUUGAUGACGAAGAAGUACCCUGGGUUUUGCCUAUUGUUGGAACACCUACGUCAUUUGGUUUGAGUCCAUUUCGUAGACGAAAAAUUCGAAAGAGUAGCAGCAGCAACAGUAGCAGAAUUAGUGAUGAUCAUUAUUACGAUCAAUAA